CUUCCCUAGAGCAUCUUCUUCUUCAUCAUCAUCAUCAUCUUACCAUGAAGGGAACAAGUGAAGUCAAACCCAUGGAAACCCAUAGAAAGCUAUUAAAGCCGUUGGUGGAGAAAAGGCGGAGGGAGAGGAUAAAUAACAGCCUGGAGAAGCUGAGAAUUUUCCUAUUUCAAACCCUGAAAAGUGAGAAACUUAAGAAUCCAAAAGUGGAGAAGGCUGAGAUUCUGGAGUGCACGGUCCAGUUUCUCCAGUCCAGGAAACUUCUCCCACUGGAUAGGGAAGCGGUGGAUAAAGAAUACCAAUCGGGGUUCCAGCAUUGCCUGGAGACGACCUUGCAUUUCAUGAACUCCAAACCUGACAUGAAUGGUGUGACCAAGGAGCUGCUCUCCCACCAGAUGUCCUCCUGCAAGUCACCUUCUGACGCCUGGAGUCCCAACUGUGCUCCAUUGACAAAACACGUACCUUCCCUUAGCUACCAAGACUCAGCACCGCAUUUAGUGUCCAACAGCAUCUCCAUCAGCCCUACAAAGACUCUGGUUGACAGUCAUUUCACUUACCAAAGCUUCAAGACCUGGAGACCCUGGGUAUGAUGACUUUUAAUCUUUGAAGGGUGCAAGAAGAGCCACCAGGCUAGAAUUAUGGGUUCCCCAGGGUUUUCAGGCACCUUGAAUGCUAUGGAAGGGACAUUUUGUCUAUGGCAUGAAAAUCUGCAGAACUAUUUAGCAGAACCCAAAGCUCUUGAGAUACAAUGUAUCUGUGCAUGUAUAUACAGUGUAAAUAUAAGAGUUUGGACCUGGACUUUUAUUUUACUGAAGCACCAUUUGAGCACAUUCCAUACAUGUACAUGGGAGACUUCCAUGUCCCUCAGUAUAUCAUGUAUAUAAUGUAUAGAUUAUGGAGUAUUUUGGAUCUGUAGCUUGUAUCACGCAGGCACAGAGUGGAAGGAGUCCUGAAAAGGAGCAGUUAUGCCCAAAUUAUGCAUUUUACAUAAAAACUUCUGAGAAUGGGAUCAGCGUUUCUUACACUUUAUGUAUAUAGUAUAUGUAUAUUUAUUCCUAUCUCACUAUCCUUACAAUAUUGUUUUCCUCCUGUAAAUAAAACUUUACUUGAA